AUGAAGAUACAAAAGGCACCAGCCUCCAUGAAGGCUUUACCCCGUGAAAUAGCUUCUUCUAUUGUCCCACCGUGCCCCAAGACGUCUGUUCGUGCAUUGAUAACGAAAUCAGGGACCCCAAGCUCAGCGGCUUUGGCCAUGACUCUUUUAAUGCGGUCCACAGCUUGGGGUAAAGGCAUGCAUUGCCCAGUUUCAUUAUCUUCGUCUUCGAGGUUACAUCCCACCACGCCAGCUUCAAUCAGUGAAGUGAUUGUCUCCUCGAGUCGGUCUCCCCAUCCGUCACGCAUGUCAAUGGAAAGUGGGAUGGGGUUGCUGUUGUUUCUGGCUGAUACGUGGCGGUUGAUUACACCAACUAUAUCUUUGGCCGCCAUGGCAAGCAUCUCCGGUUCAAGCUCUUCGUCUGGCUUCCCGUGUACUGCUGCAACAGCAAAACUGCUCGUCGCUAAGGCUUUGGCCGAAUAUUCACCAUUGCUUCCUUUGUGGCUAAGGACAAUGUCUGCGGUUCGGCCGUCAUAUACAUUGCAAAGAACAAGAGGGUUGCCUUUCCUGUGA